UGCUUGUCACCUUUCUCUUGCUUCUACCACCUAUUCUUUUCUUUCUUCACAUAUGUUAGAGAAGUGAUCCUACAUAACACAAUUGAACCUAUACACCAAGGUUAACCCUAUGAAUAAGAGAAACAAGCAAAAGUUUCGACAAGAUGCACCCACAGGUCUUACAAGUCAAUCAGAGAGUGAAGACGAUGACGAAGUGUGGUAUCCUUUUGACCUGGAAGCCCUGCGAAAGGAUGUUGAAUGCCCAAUCUGCCUUGGGAUCAUUCGAAAUGCAAGAGUUGUCAUGGAAUGCAUGCAUCGCUUUUGCAAGGAGUGCAUAGAGAAAUCCUUUCGCCUCGGUAACAAUGAAUGCCCUACUUGUCGUACUCAUUGUUCAAGCCGAAGAUCACUAAGGGAAGACCGUCUCUUUGAUGAAUUGAUUUCUGUCAUUUAUCCAAACAUUGAUGAAUACGAGGAAAAGGAAAUGACUCUCUCUAAUGAUGCAAAAAAUAAUAUAAAGUCGAUGCAAGAAGCAUAUGGCAAGACUCUUGAACGACAAAAUGAGGCAGCGGGAAAGAAGGGUGCUGCUGCUGCAACAUCUAGGUCCUCAAGGACUGCAACACUGAGAAGAAGUGCAAGAAAUGCAGAAUCUAAUUCUAGCAGGGACAUCACAUUGCCUCCUAUUGCUGAAGAGACAGAGACACAAGUAAUACCUGUCACUGACUUUGCUGAGUUACAGAUACAAUCACAAAGCUCUCAGCAUCAGACUAAUGCAAGCACAGUUGCAACUGGAUCACUUCGAAGUCUCAUUUCCUCAUCUGAUAAACUUGUUUGGGGGCGAUUGGGCCCCAGGACUCAGACCAGUACCAAUGCUAGGCAUGCUGCUGCUAGGAGGGCCAAUCGCUUGGAGAGAUUCAUUCAUCAUCUGCAAAACUCAAAUCAGAAUGAUGAUGAGUUGGACAUCUUCAUCAAACUCGUCUCUUUUGAGGAAGCAAGAGUGCCAAAUUUGCCAAGGCCAUACCUUAAUUGUAGACCCACUUUAUCGAUCGACCAACUGUGCCAGUAUGUUGCCCAUGAAACCCAGCUGCAAACUGAAGAAAUUGAACUUUACGUGGUGAAGGGGUGUGGACUUAGCUUUGUGAGUGGUCGUGAAAAAUUUGAUGCGGACAAAUAUGAAACUCAAUUUCUUGGGAGAGGAGAUCAAAAGUUGGCUGAAAUCAUAACAAACAAUCUCAGCCUUGGCCAUCUGGUCAUAGCUUACAAGAGGAAGCAGUGGAACUUGAAUGAAGUGUUCUCCUGCCCUGGUUCGGAAUAUGAUGAGUUUCUUACCUAAACUAUGGUUUAUUGAAUAAAUAUUAAACCUUGAAAACUUUCAAUUAUGCUAUUUCUUACUCUCUUUCACAAAGAACUUGACUUUACAAUGCUUUCAAUUAUGCUAUUUAUCUCUUUCACAAAGAACUUCACUUUACAAAGCUUAGAAUAAGGUACAGUGUGUAUCAGUCAUGUCAUCGUGAUGAACGUGACCGUUAUAGUUUGUUAAAUGUUGGUAUUAUCGACAUUGGUUACAUAUUUCAUUAUCU